CUCAAGGAGCUUCUAUGAAGCCUGCGGCCCGCCAGGGCACCUGAGCAACAAAGCACAUUUGCCGAGUGCCAACUUCAAGCGACAGCCGCGGCCGCCAAAGCAGGCAAGCGCAGCAGAAGCGCUCCCGUGAGUGCUUUAUAUUUGUAUUGUGCUGCAUGCGCGGUGGAGGGCGGCGCCAGGAAUUCAAACGAAGCCUCAUUGCGGCUCCCGCCCUAGUCGGCGCGCCUCGUUGAAAGCCCUGCUCCCACCCUUGAAAUAUACAUUUAGACCAAGCGACUAAUAGGCCGCUGUGACGCGUCGCCGCCUUUUAGACCACACACCGCCACUUUGAAGCGCAUCUUCUGAAAUGGCGUUGCCCGGCCAGACGACCCCUGAGGGCGUGCCUGCCUUCAAGCUAGUGCUUGUGGGCGAUGGUGGCACUGGCAAGACCACCUUCGUUAAGCGCCACAUCACUGGCGAGUUCGAGAAGAAGUAUGAGCCCACGAUCGGCGUGGAGGUCCGCCCCCUGGACUUCACCACCAACCGCGGCAAGAUUCGCUUCUACUGCUGGGACACUGCUGGUCAGGAGAAGUUCGGUGGCCUGCGUGACGGCUACUACAUCCACGGCCAGUGCGCAAUUAUCAUGUUCGACGUCACUUCGCGCCUUACCUACAAGAACGUGCCCACUUGGCACCGCGACCUUUGCCGCGUUUGCGAGAACAUUCCCAUCGUGCUGUGCGGCAACAAGGUGGACGUGAAGAACCGCCAGGUCAAGCCCAAGCAGGUCACUUUCCACCGCAAGAAGAACCUGCAGUACUAUGAGAUCUCGGCCAAGUCGAACUACAACUACGAGAAGCCGUUCCUAUACCUGGCCCGCAAGCUGACCGGCGACCCCCACCUCAGCUUCGUGGAGGAGGUGGCUCUGCCCCCUCCCGAGGUGCAGAUCGACCUGGCGGAGCAGCAGCGCAACGAGGCAGAGCUGGAGCAGGCGGCGCAGCAGCCACUGCCCGCGGACGACGACGAUGAGCUGCUGGACUAAGCGUUGCGGCGAGGAAGCAGCUUGCCUGGGGAAUGCUGGAGUGCCGUGCACUGCGGGAGCCUCACUCUUGCAAAUGCGUGUUAGGACAUGAGCGCAGGUGGUGUGAUGCAGGAGGUAGCAGAGAGCGCCAUUUGCGCAUGAUGCCACGGGCAAGCAAACUUCAUUUAGGGAGGACGUAGGCGUGCUGGAGACUAUGGACCGGACACUAACGAUUGACAUGGGGCAAUGACUCUUUAGGUAGGUGCACGUGGUGGCGCUGUUGCAGCGGUUGGUUCAAGUUUUGGGAUGGCGCCGCGGCCCCUGGGCGGGCAGUUGCAACGUCCCAUGGGCCACAGUCGGCUGGGUGCCAACAAGCUAUUGAUUGUGCUGCGCACGAAGAUAAAUAUAGGAAGCAAACGCGCGAUGUGCGGUGCUCGUGUGGGUGUUUGCGAGGCAUCGGGCCUGUCACAGUGCGUCGACAGGCCAGGGCACAGGCGCGAUAGGUCAGUAGACAUGAUGUCCCGUUGCGGCGGGCGGAGGAGUGGGCCAUAGGAGGCCCGGAGUGACCCUGGCCCGCCCUGCUAUUCAGGGGCGGGCAGGGAUGGAUGGCUCUGUAGGAGAGCGAAGCUAAUCUACGAGCGUCCCGUUGGCUCUGUUUCUUCUGGGUCUGGAUGGUGCCGGGGCGACAUGCAUGGUUAACAGGCGAAGGCAU